CCUUCCAAAGGCAGAGUUAUAUCUUGCUGCUGCCAAAUGGGAGAGUGGAUUAGGUACCUAUUGACUCACGGCAGUUGUUCGCUUGCAGAAGCUGUAAUUAUAGUAACUCUGUUAUGUCCCGCAGGUUUUGGCGGUAUGUUCUGGCCGGCCAGUGGACUCGGACUGCCACCGAUGGGCGUUACCUCCCUGCCCGGCGCGGAGACGGCCGCCCGACUACCGACCGGGACCGACUCGCCCGGGCCGCUCAGCUGGACAGCUCUCCGCGAGCUGGCGCUGCUCCAGUCCACUCUGUUCAGUCUGCAGCACCAGCAGCUGCUGCAGCUGGGACUGAUUCAGCAGCUGCAGAGCCAGCUGCAGCUGCCCGCGCACGACUCCGACUCCGAGUCGAUCGCAGAGGAUGGUGCGAGCAUCACUGACUCCGACUCAGUCGCACGGCCGGCAAACACCGAGUCUGGUGCCGGGGAACAGAAGUCAGUCGGCGCAGACCGAGAUCCGCCGGGAAGCGAACGAAGCCAGGCAAAUAUUACGCAUAUCAAACCGGAGUGCACCUCGCCGACCGGCCAGCAGCUGUCACUAGAGAACGAGCUCUCCGUGACCGCGGACCGGGCUCAGUCACCGCCCGUGUCGGAAGCCGCGCAGUGCCGGGAGGCGAGGUCAGGAGACCCGGCGCCGGCCGGUGGCUCCGACAGCACCGUGACGCUCGCCGAGCCCGGUCGUUCGGCGCCCCUCAGCUCGCUGGCACUGCUGCAGAGGAGCACCCAGCAGGUACUGGAUAGCGCCACUCGCACGCUCGGCGGUAGUCUGGCUGACGCCCUGUCUGCCGCCGACGGGCCGGCCGGCCGGCGCGACCCGCAGCCCAGCUCGGCCCGGCACCGCUGCCGCUACUGCGGUAAGGCGUUCGGCAGCGACUCGGCGCUGCAGAUCCACAUCAGGUCGCACACCGGGGAGCGGCCCUUCAAGUGUAACAUCUGUGGCAACCGCUUCACCACCAAGGGCAAUCUGAAGGUGCACUUCCAGCGGCACGUGGCGCGCUUUCCGCACGUGCCAAUGAGCACCGAGCUGGUACCGGAGCACCUGGACGCGCUGCACCCGCCGCUGUUGGCGCGGCUGGGCCAGCUGACACCGCCGCCUGAGGUCGGCCCGCCGCCACUCGAGGUCGGCCCGCCGCCGCUUUAUGCGCGUACUCUUCACGAGCCGGCAAAGCAGCCACUGCCGUCAGUCUCAGAAAGCUAUCGAGCGGCUGUGCCGGUCCAACGGGGGAAGAGAGCAGAGAACCCACCACCGCUGGCCGAGCAGCUGCUCCGACUGGAGACGCUGUGCCGUCUGCUGCAGCCGCCGCAGAAGCCGCCGCCGCAGCACCAGGAGAAAGACCACGGACCGAGAAAACGCCGGGACCGAGAGCCCACUGCGCUGAGGGAGAGACCAGAGGAGAGGGGCGCCGCAGUGCCUCGAACUGAGUUCCGACCGAAUGCGCUGGAGGACGAAGAAGGAGGGAUGGACACCGCUAAAAUCAAGCGGGUCAGAACACCCUGCAACGAAAAGAGCGGGAUAACACUGACUGAUCUUGCGAUAAAAAAUGAGCCACAAGAAGAGACUCCCGUUGAACCCAGUGAAUAUUUCCGUGCCCGUUCGAUGAUGGAUCGGCACCGUGUCUUUGAGUGCCGUGCCGAGCUCGUUAGGCCUGGGUACGGCUGGGCACCCGCUUCUGCGGCCGUGAUGCGGUGCGGUGGGGGCUCUCCGCUCGCCGUACCGAGGCCUGACCCCUCCGGCUCCGACUGGGAGGCACUGAGGCCGAGUCCGGUCGCCUCGGCCGGCGGCAGCCAGUGUUCUGUGUGCGGUCGCGUGCUCUCGUGUCGGUCAGCGCUGCAGAUGCACUACCGAACACACACCGGUGAGCGGCCGUACCGGUGUCGGGUGUGCGGCCGUGCCUUCACCACCAAAGGCAACCUGAAGACGCACGUAGGCGUGCACCGGGGACGGGCGCCGUCGCUGCCGCGAACCACCCCGUCGCGAGUGGUAAUGAGGUCAACAGACGUGACUGUUCCAUCCUCGUCCGACCGGCGAGCUGAUACGAGUGGGAUGGUCAGCACGGGCCGGCCGGCGGUGCUGGACCUGACCCGGAGCGUGGCGACUAGCCUCCCGCACGGUGAGGUCGCCGGCCGCCGCUCUACCUGCACCGAACGGCACGGUGCCGAGGACUGCGGGACUGAUGACCGUAUCCGUCACUAAUUCACUAACCAGCAAUUGGCUGGCGUUUGUAUUGCGUAGUCAAAUUUAUCUAUACCAGUGACUGCAUACGUAGAGGCUCAGGCAUCAAUUCCAAAGUAAUCUUGGAGGCAUCCAAACGUUCUUUCUUUUAGAUUGUACUUUGUAGACCGUUCAUUUGUAUUGGAACUUUUAGGAACUGUGGUUUUGUGUAUCAUGGUAUCAUGGUAUAGCCCGUUUAUUUUACAGUGUUGAUGAAUGUAAGAAAAUACGACAAGUUACAGUGGUGGCGGAACACCUUCAAUAAAGGGAGGGGGCGGGCACUGCCGACUUUUG